UCCAAAACAAAGAGCUGCGGUGUUUCCCUUUCGCCUCCACGCCCUCCUGGAGAAAAAAGAGCCAAUCCCAACAGAGUAGGGAAGAGCUAGAGGGUCAAACCUAAUUAGAAGGGCGUGGCUUGGCUUGAGUCUUACUUUGCUCGCUUUACUUUACGAGGUAAGCGGCUACUGCAGGUUUACUAGCCCCAACAUCGAGAUCGCCGGUACUGAAGGUUCAUGGCAAGGAUGUGGGUGCACUUCAUAGUCUUCCUGGUAUUGAGCACAACAGCCUCUUCUUUAAAAUGCCCUGAUGGGCAGAAAUGUGGAGGAUCUUCAAUAUGUUGCAAGCUCCCUGAAGGAGAUAAGUAUACCUGUUGUGGUCAGCCUCAGUUCACAGGAGCAUCCCUCCGCAUGUUGCCCCCAGAGAGCAGGAAUGAGGUAUCUGGGGUUGUGUGUCCCGAUGCUAGCACAUGUCCAGUGACACACUCCUGCCAGCUCAGCCUAAAUUCCACCUUUGCCUGCUGUCCUUGGGAGGAGGCCAUUUCUUGUGUUGAUGGACACCAUUGCUGUCCCCUUGGCACCCACUGCAGCACUGAUGGAAGAGUCUGCAUAGAAAAUGAAGGUAUUUGGAGACAAAAUUUAACCUCUGCUGUUAUAGUCAGGGCUGUGCAAUGCCCAGAUAGCGAAUGGGAAUGCCCAGAUGGCUCCACCUGUUGCUUGAUGGCUGAUGAAUCCUGGGGAUGUUGUCCAAUGCCAGAGGCAUCCUGCUGUGCAGACAAGAUUCACUGCUGUCCCCAUGGCACAACUUGUGAUCUAGUUGAGGCACGAUGCCUUGAAACUUUUGGGGAACAGCCUCUUUCAAAGAAGUUUCCAGCAAAGAAACGGACCCCGGUGUUAAAUUUGACUCAAAAAAAAAUCUGUCCUGGUAAUCACUCUUCCUGUCCAGAUGCUGCCACUUGCUGCCUGCUCCCAACUGGCCAGUAUGGUUGUUGCCCUUUACAAAACGCGGUGUGCUGCAGUGACCACCUUCACUGUUGUCCACAGGGCACCCAGUGUGACCUGAAGCAUUCCAUAUGCACCAUGACACCCAAGGAAUCAUGGCCCAUCACCCACCUUAGUGCAGGCUUCCACACAGCUCACGAUGUACAGUGUGAUUCAGAAUUUGCAUGCCCAGAUGGAAAUACUUGCUGCAAGACAACCUCAGGUUCUUGGGGGUGCUGCCCACUGGAAGAGGCUGUAUGCUGCCCAGAUAAAAUCCAUUGUUGUCCAAAGGGUUAUCAGUGCGAUUUGUCAGAAGGCUCCUGUCUGAAAGAUGGCCAAAGCAUUCCUUUGGUGCUAAAAAUGGACGCAAGCUCCACAACAGCCUCAGAAAUAGACUCAAGCUCUACAGCAUCUUCCAUAGGUCGAAUGGUGCAGUGUGAUCCCUACACAGCUUGCCAGGAUGGCCAGACUUGUUGUCGCCUUGCAACAGGUGCUUGGGGAUGCUGCCCGUUGACACAAGCCACUUGCUGUCAGGAUCAGAUUCACUGCUGCCCCAGUGGUUACAACUGUGAUUCAUCAUCAGGCACUUGCCUAAAAGAUGGAGAUCGUAUGCCUUGGGUGGAGAAGACGACAGCGAUUGUUGGCAACCUCCCUUCCAGCAGGGACGUGAAGUGUGAUGACCAGUACAGCUGUCCAGAUGGACAAACAUGCUGCCUGCGUUCAGGAGCCUGGGCAUGCUGCCCCCUCUUUCAGGCCAUUUGCUGUGAGGAUCACCAACAUUGCUGCCCCUUUGGCUAUACCUGCAAUGUGGCAGCCCAGUCUUGUGAGAAACGGCACCGGCCACGCCUUGCUGAUGCUGCAGGGGACCUGCUGACUUCAUUGCAAAAUGCUGCCUCCAAUCAGGAUGUCUUGUGUGGUGAACAGCACUACUGCCACGUGGGCCAGACCUGCUGCAAGGCCAAGAACAGUAGCUGGGCCUGCUGCCCCUAUGAAAAGGGAACCUGUUGUCACGACAGGCGCCACUGCUGUCCUUCUGGCUUCUAUUGUUCCGUGCUUGGAUAUCACUGCUACAGAAAGCCUUCCCGUUGGGACACUGGCAGCGCCUCCCCACAUUCUAUUGAUGCCCAUGUUCUACUCUGAAGUGCCUUUUUGGGUGGAUUUGUUUGUGGCCUUGAAUUAGAGUGAACUGUUUCAGGAGUGGUAUAAGAAGGUGAAUGAACCAGGGCCAUUUUUGCCAAAUUGCUAUUCAGAUCCUAAAGGAUGUCUUCUAUUCUACACUUGUCACCACUAUGGGCCAAAUAGGCCAUCUACAUUUAUAUUAAGUCAACCCUUUUAACUUCUACAUUCUUCCUUCCCAUCCAUGAUGCACUGCCCUGUCCAAAGUCAUGAGGGCUAUAACCUAGAAUCUGAAAAAGCUGCCAUCCUGAGCUUCUGCUCUGAAGAUUUCAUGUGCGCAAUGAUUUUCUUUGCCUCGGUCAUUCCUUAACCUUGAAAGAGGGGGAGUUUCAAUCCAUUUUCCAAAAAAAACAAAAAAAACCCCAUUAAGAUUGGCAGAUGAUUUUGCCACACUGCCCCUUCCAGCCUUGUCCCACCUCACCCUAUCCUCUUCCCACUUGGCCUAGCGUAUUACUCUGGGUGGCAUCACCUGAUUUCUGAAGAGCAAAAGUGUCUUUUUCUGAUAGUGUUUGCAAAGUAAAGAGAUGCUAAUUGUCUAAUUGAACCACUACAGGUGUCGAGUCACUUUUGUUUAAAGAAGGGCUGCUCAGCCCACCCUUUCCUGAGGUAUGAUAGAAGUUUUUAUUAAGAUUUUACUCUUCAUGCAUAACCCUAAUACUAACCCUGCUUUUUAGAAAGGCUUAGCACUUCCGCAAGGAGAUGCAAGCUUGCUUCUGAGACAAGUAAGAUACACCGUUUUGUUUCAGUGAAUAUGUGGAUUUUGGCACCUGAGCAGUUGGUAGGGAAGAUGGUUGUCUUUGAUUGUCAGUGUGUUCUGUCCUGUGAUUCCCCCAUGCAAAAUGAGCACAUUUGAUGCUGCUCCUUUCUUUUUUAAAUAGAACUUCAACUUAAAGUGACAGGUGUUUUCUGUUACCAGACCUUGAUGCUAUGUUGUAUGGAAAAAUCAAAUAAAAUUUUAUCAAA